UUAAUAAUAUUGCACUUCGGUAAAUUUGUCUUAAUUUUGUUGAUCUCAGUGUCCUAUCUCCUUUCUUUUUCCUUCUUUCUCAAGAUCAUUACAACAUUUCUAGUCAGCUUCAUCUUCAAGCAGCAUUCAAGAAGUCAUUUUUUCUUAUUAACUCAUUCAUAUCAAUGUAUACAUGACUGCCAAGGUUUAGCAUAAAAUUAACUUUAGUAUCUUCAUUUUUUAGCUAUAAUUUGGCAUCACCCAAGGGAAGAAUGUAUCUGGUGUAGAAUGGUAGGCUUUGAUCAUUUUUUAAAUUAAAAAUUUCUUUUUUCAGCUUGAAAUUAUUUUAAACUUACAAUUCAGUUGCAAAAAUAGUAAAAAAUGUUUCCAUAUACAUUUGACUCAUCUUCGCCAAAUGUAAACACCUUACAUAACUAUAGUCCACUUACUGAAACUAGAAAUUUACUGCUGAUAAAAUACCAGGUAGACUUUGACCUUAUUGAGAGCAGUACUGGGGUCUGAGGAAAGAGCUAGAGGCAUGCUGGACAACUGAUCACUGAUCUUACAGGUGACUUAAAACAGUGGGCGAUUCAGAACUCCAUUUAUUUUGGGCUUUCAGUGAUAAAAUGAUGGGGGGGGUCAAGUAUCUCACCUUCCUUAUUUUCUUUUGUGUAUCCAAGUGCUAAAAUUUACAUGGAUUCUUGAAAGACAUAAACUCAAAAGAGUUCUUAUCCUAGCAAAUACUUAAUCAAUUCUCUAUAAGAUGCCAGGAACUCUGCUGGAAUGUGGAGAAUCAAAGAUAAAUAAAGAUUCCUAUUCUACCUAUGUGCCACUACUCUGCUUGUCUUUGGAGGGAUUAUCACAUUUAAUCCUUACAACAGCUAUAGGAGGUAAGAACUACUGUUAUCCCUAUCUGACUGAAGCAAAACUGGAGACUUAGAGAACUAGGAAAGAAACCAGGCAGCUGUACGCUUAACUUCCAUGCUACACCAUGCUAAGUGCUAUUGAUUUGUUUUCAAGCCUGGAAUAACAUUGCUAGAUGACAUCACUACUCUUCAUCUUAUAUAAAACAAAACAUGCAUAUUACCAUAAAAAUGGCUUAGAAAGGCAAAUGCAUAAUGAACCUUAAAAAGAUGGGUACAUUUAGAGACAAAAGUUUGUCAAUAGGAAUAGUUUACCCAUGUUACCAAAUCUCUUUCCCAGAGGGGUUCUUGUAUCUGUUAGGAGCAUGUCAAGAUACAAGUGUGCACGCGGGAAUGGCACAGCAGCUGAGACAGCCUGAAGUCCAGGAUGAACCACCUCCUCAGCCUAGGACACCAAUUCUCAAGUGCAUAGGUCCCUACCUUUUCUGCAUUUACUCAAAGGAAUACAUAGCUUUGGAAAUUUAACAAAUGAUUAAGUCCUCAUUAUAUUGAUCACGAUUUCUUGUUAUUUGCACACUGUAGUAUCUGUGAGGUCUUGGUGAGUUGUGAGCACUUCCUUGGGGGUUGGAGGUGGUGGCUUCCGGAGCUGGUCUGAGCCUGGCAGUAAGUUAGCCGUGGUAAUGGCGUAGAGCCUCUGCUUUCUCCAAAUGUCCGCUGUGCCUAUUGUCGGUGGCCGAUGAUAAACCCAUCCCAACCAGCCGCAAACUACGCAAAGAAUCCCAACCGAUUAGUGGGAGAACUGGCAUCUUUUCACGGAGAAGCACUGUCGUCCCACACACUGGGCGGGGAGUCAGAUGCAUGUGGCCCUUGGGCCUCUGUGGGUCCCACACUUUAAAAUUCAUUUAAAAAAUGAAUUUGAAUUUAAGGUGUCUCAAAGCUGGAUCCGCUCUUUUGAGAACAGAGGAGAGGGUAAUGGGAAAGGGCCUUCCCUUGGGUUGAGGGUGGGGGGGCCCCAGCCGCGGGAAGUUGGAGGAUGCAGGCUUUGGGGAGAGGGCUCCUGGGAGGGCGCACCGUCCAGCUCCCCCUCCCCAGCUGACGCUCGCCCUGGACCCUACGGCCGCGUCCUCUCACCGCUCAGGGGGCGAAGGAACACUGGAGCCCCAGCCUCCCGUCCACCCGCCCGCCGCGCUCCUCCGGGGGCCCCCGGGCCGUGGGCGCACAGUCCCAGAAGCGGGCGGGGCGGGCUCGGCGCUCGGAAGAGAAGGCGAAGGGCCGGCGGCGGCCGCGCGGGCGUCCACAGGCGGCGGGGCCGCGGGGGGGGCGCGGAGCCGAGGGGGAGGGUUUAAAUCUCGGCGAAGUUCCCGGAUGGUCGCAGCCUCCCGGCGCUGAGAGCUUUUCCUGCCCGGCCGGCGCAGCCCUACCGACCCGCAAGAAGUUUCCGAGAAAAAAAUGCCCGGCGCGCCGCGGGGCCUUGGAACCGCCCGGAGCCGCCGCGCGACUCAUCAGCAAGACUGUUGAAAGCAAAACUGUCCGAGAUGCCUGUCCCUCCCCCUCCAGCACCCCCACCCCCUCCUACGUUUGCUCUGGCCAAUACAGAAAAGCCUUCCCUGAAUAAGUCAGAGCAGGCUGGGAGAAAUGCGCUUCUCUCUGACAUCAACAAAGGGAAGAAACUCAAGAAGACAGUCACCAAUGACAGAAGUGCACCAAUAUUGGACAAACCAAAAGGAUCCGGGGGCGGCGGAGGAGGAGGCGGGGGCGGCGGCGGCGGCGGUGGUGGCGGUGGUGGUGGUGGUGGUUUUGGAGGGGGCGGACCCCCCGGCUUGGGAGGACUGUUCCAGGCUGGAAUGCCGAAGCUGAGAUCCACGGCCAAUAGGGAUAAUGAUUCUGGAGGAAGCCGACCCCCGAUUUUGCCACCAGGAGGAAGAGCCACAUCUGCCAAACCUUUCUCAAGCCCUAGUGGCCCAGGGAGGUUUCCUGUGCCUUCUCCAGGCCACAGAAGUGGUCCCCCAGAGCCUCAGAGGAACCGAAUCCCUCCUCCGAGGCCAGACGUGGGCUCAAAGCCUGACAGCAUUCCCCCUCCAGUACCUAACACGCCAAGACCCAUUCAAUCAAGCCUGCACAGCCGCGGGUCUGCAGCAGUGCCUGGGGCCCCCAGGCAGCCCAGCCCUGGGCCAACCCCGCCCCCUUUCCCUGGAAACCGAGGGGCUGCUUUUGGAGGAGGCUCCAUACGCCAGGCACCCUCCAGCUCCUCCUCGCUCUUCUGCAACAGGCCUCCCCUGCCCCCUACACCCAGCAGGGCCUUGGAUGACAAACCGCCUCCUCCACCUCCUCCAGUGGGCAACAGGCCCUCCAUCCACAGGGAGGUGGCCCCAGCCCCUCCUCCUCAGAACAGCAAGCCCCCGGUGCCUUCUACCCCAAGGCCUUCCUCCUCCUCACAGGCCCCACCUCCGCCACCACCGCCCAGCAGGCCUGGCCCUCCUCCCCUGCCUCCCGGUUCCAGUGGCAGUGAUGAAAUCCCAAGACUCCCACAGCGGAACUUGUCCCUCACUGUGGCUGCACCCCCUUUCCCUUCGCCAGGACGUUCAGGCCCUCUUCCUCCCCCGCCCAGUGAGAGACCCCCUCCUCCAGUGAGGGAGCCACCAGGCAGAUCAGGCCCUCUCCCACCCCCUCCAAUAAGCAGAAAUGGCAGCACGGCUCGGGCCCUGCCUGCCACCCCACAGUUGCCGUCCAGGGGUGGAGUAGAUAGUUCCAGAAGUGGGCCCAGGCCUCCUCUUCCUCCCGACAGGCCUGGCGCUGGGGCACCUCCCCCACCUCCACCAUCAACAUCUGUUAGAAAUGGCUUCCAAGACUCUUCAUGUGAAGAUGAGUGGGAAAGCAGAUUCCACUUCCAUCCGAUUUCUGAUUUGCCACCUCCAGAACCGUAUGUUCCAACGACCAAAAGUUAUCCCAGUAAAUUGGCAAGAAAUGAAAACCGGAGUGGAUCCAACCGAAGAGAACGGGGUGCCCCACCCCUUCCCCCCAUCCCGAGGUGAUCCUUGCCUGUUCUCCUCCACCCGAGCCCAAGAGCGACUUCUGUAGCUGACACCUGAGAACUGCACGCCCUCCUCCCUGUCUUCCCUUGUCUCCUUUGUAUUGGCAGUAGGAAGAAGGGAGAGUGAUGUGGGGAUGUGUGGUGGGGGUGGAAAUACAGUAAAGACAUGGGCUAGCUUUUUAUAUCACGUAUAUUCUCAAAGCUAUUGCUUGUUUCUGCGGCGGCUGCCAGUGUGGCUGCCGGGGGGUCAGUAGGCUUUUGCGGUGAGUAGGCAGAGAUGAAUUGUGUCCUAGCUUUCAACUAACCGAAUUCAAACAUUCACUGCGUAUUUGCUACAGACUGUAAUGUUGAAGUGUCCAAAAGCUGUUUGCUUUCUAUGCCUUUUUGCAUGCUUGCCUCCCUGCUUCCAUGGCCCACAGAGCGCCUGAGCAAGGCGCUGUGCAGGGCUCACAUGCGUGUUUGCCGUCACAGGGUGUGCUCUCUGGUGGUCUCGGCUGAGCUCUAAGACAGGGCUGGCCAGUAGAAAUAUCACCACAGACACUGUUUUUAAAUUUCUAGCAGCCACAUUAAAAAAAGGGAAAGAAAUAGGUGAAAUUAAUUUUAAUAUAUUUUAUUUAACCCAAACAUCCAAAAUAUUAUCAAUUCAACCUGAAAUCAAUAUAAUAAUCAUUAAUGAGCUAUUUUGUAUUCUUUUUUGGUACUAUGUCUUCAAAAUCCAGGGUAUCUUUUAUACUCAGAGCACAUUUUCAUUCGAACUCGUCACAUUUCAAGUGCCUGGUAGCCGCAUGUGGCUCGUGUCGACUCUACUGGACAGAGCAGCUCUAGAAGACAGAGGCCAGUGCAACACUUCUUGUUUAAAAAACAAAAAAGGCAAGAUGAGCUUUAGUAAUUAAAAAUAAAGUCAGGACCUAAAACCUUGUUUGCCAGACCGUUUGACCUUACUUUGCUCCCUUAUUUUCCCUUAAUAUCUGUAUUCAAGUGUUGCUUUACAAUGACAAGGUCAGAAAUGGAUCUAAUAGGGAUCACCAUCACGUGGAAUAAAGACAUUAUGAGAAAGAGAGUGAAAGCCAGAGAGGGCUUCAGGACGCAGACCCACUGGCCCUGCCCACUGGGCAGCUGGACUCUGGUCCUGGGCGCUUGGAGCAGCUUCCUUCCUUUUCCACCCAGCUCGACCCUCGGCGCAGGGAGGGUCCUCAGCUCUGCAGUUUCAGGGGGAGUCAAGGAGAGGUUGCAAAUCAGAAACAUGGAAGGGGGAAUAGGUUUGAGUUGACGGGCAGAACUCUACAAAUCUAAAUCUGAUGCUUAUGAAGUUGAGCGACAGAGAGAUUGCUACAGGAAAUUGGAGGGGAUUUGUUUUGAAUCUGUCUGGAAGAAUCAUUUGUCUUGGAUCUGUGCAAAUAAACCUCAAUGAGAGGACCACAGGGAUGAGCCGGCCUUGCCUUUGUUGUAUGAUUUUGUUUACAGAACUUUACUGGGACUUUAAAAUCUAACUAUAGAGUUGAAAAAAAAAUAUUUCCAUUUAGAUGUUUUAUAUGGUUAAUUAUGUUUAAAAUUACCAUUACUUGUUUUUUAAACGCACACAGCCCCAUGUGUUUAUGUCUAUCUACCUAAACUUUGUAUCAGUAUCAGAGUUUCAGUGUUUUGUUCAUGUAUUAUUGGGAGAUGCUAACAAGGAAUCAAUCCAAAGAAACAUUCGAAAGAUGCAAUUCAUGUUCAUAGAAUAAAUAAUUGGUGCAUUUAUAUAAAAGCAAAAGAACUUAGAAUUCUAAUAAAUGGGAUAGUAAUAAAUUAGGAGGUUGCCCAUUUUAACAUACUCUGUUUUUAUAACUCUCCUUGCCAAAGUCCUGGGCUCAGUACAUUAGAGAAUUUGGUCAUUUUUCUCUUUCUUUUACCAUUCAUCCAUCUUUGACAAAGUCACUUGGGGCCCUUUACCAAAAAUAAUCAAGAGAUAUAAAGGUGUAACAAGCUUGACAAAGUAUUUAAAAAAAUUUUUUUUAAUCUCUCAUAUUUCAGCAAUAUAGCAGCAUUUGUUUUUGGAUUCUUUGAUCAGAUAUCAACAGUUGAUAACCCCUUUGAUAAGCCCUAAUGACCCACUUUAGAAAAGAUGGAAUUUGGCCUUCCUAGCAGAUAGGGCUGGUAAAAGCCUGACCCAGAGAAAGUAGGUCUGAAUUUUGUAAAAGGGUAGUAAGAAUGGCCAAUGUCCUUGUAUAUCGUAACUGCAGAUACCAUCCUAAAGUUUGAAAGAGGGGCACAGCUCAUAGUUGCUAUUCAUUCAAGAUAUAGAUGUUUUAGAAUGUAUUUUUUAAGUGAAUGUUUCAUUAAUAAACCUACACCCUUUCUUUGAAAGUUUGUAACCAGUUGCUUCCAGAACUUUGAAUAAGUUGUAUGCUAAAAUCUUAAACUAUGGAAAAUCAUAAAAAUGAAUAUUUUCUUCCCUGAAAUCAGAGUUUACAUGUGUUCUUUUUCCACAAAUUUCCAGAUAAAUGUAUUCAAGAUGCAAUACAGUAUUUUAACAUUUACAUACCAUUUUAUAUUGAAAUGUAUUACAGUAUUAAAAUUCAGUGUUCAGUAUUUAUUUCACUAUGCAUUUUAUUUGGUAAAAACCAAGAAAAAUGUUUAAUCCAAUGGUGCCUUAUUUUGUGAUUUGAAAGAAAUUGACUUUUUAUAUCUAAGUAGCAGAUUAUUUGCAUAUUUGUAAAAACCGUUAGGCCUUUAUAUUUUAACAUUUAAUGCCAAUUUUGUUAUUUUAGUAGCAGAAAUGGGAUGAUUGUUAAAGUGCCCAAAAACUUUUGGCAUGAAUUUUUCCCUGUUUGUAGUCAGGGACUGUAAAGGAAGAAAAAUUGUUUUUAUAACACUGCACUAUGUAAACAUGCACAUUAUGGUAUCUAUGUCACAUCAGGUUGGUUUAAAUGAUGGGGUAGAGUCUACCCUAGACAUCUGCACCUUUGUAAGUUAGCCAGACAGUAAAUAAAAGCAGAAUGAUA